GCCCUGAAGGCGCCGGACUCCCAGCGACGGCGGGGAAAAGAACAGUGUUAAAAUGUUAAAAGCAGUUCUGAAGAAGAGCAGAGAUGGCGCAAAGGCCAGCAAAAAGGAAUCCGGUGACUCAUGUUCAGAAAGUGCACUACAGAUAAUUUCUACAUCUGGCCACAAUGCAGACAUUCCUGGUGGUGUACAGCCUCUAUCUGAAGAUGCCUACAGAAUGAAUUUAACCAAAGGGGUCUCUAUGUCUUUGCCAUCAUCACCUUUGCUGCCUCGUCAUGCUUACUUGAUGCAAUCUAGAGCAAGCAAAAAAUCUCCAGGUCCAGUCAGGAAGCCCAAGUAUGUGGAGAGUCCCCGGGUGCCCGGGGAUGCAGUCAUCGUACCGGUGAGGAAAGUGUCAGAGCCAACGGAACACAGUCAGAAUGAAACAAAGUCAGAGAAAGAAUCGAGCUGUUCACCAGCAGCUCAGGAACUGAUGACGAGACUGGGAUUUCUACUUGGAGAAGGCAUCCCAACCUCUGCCCAUAUCUCUGUAGAAGAAAAACAUGAAACUAUGUGCACAGUAGUUAGUCAAGGAGUCAGUCCCUGUUCUACGCUAACUAGCAGCACGACAUCACCUAGCACCGAUAGUCCCUGCUCAACUCUGAAUAGCUGUGCUGGCAAACCAGCAGCCAACAGAGGUAGUCCCUGUGGGACCAUUAGCAGCCCAAGCUCCACAUUGGAAAGCAAGGACAGUGGUAUUAUAGCAACAGUAACAAGUUCAUCUGAAAAUGAUGACCGCAGUGGAUCCAGUUUGGAAUGGAGUAAAGAUGGUAGUCUCAGAACUGGUUCACAUCAAGGAAUUAUUCACGAACGAAGGACAGAUAAUUGUUCACCAGUUGCCGAAGAGGAGACAGUUGGCUGUUCAGAAACUCUGCCAAAAGUAGAAACAUCUUCUGGAGAUGGUAGUGUCCCUUUCACACAGGGCAUGGCCACACCAUAAUCCCCAAAUAGCUUUUCAGCAACUAGUUCCACCAAGUUGGAAGACCUGAGCUAUUUGGAUGGACAGAGGAAUGCUCCCUUAAGAACCUCGAUUCGCUUGCCAUGGCAUAACACAGCUGGAGGGAGAGUUCAGCAAGAAAUCAAAGCACGUUUUGCCCCCUAUAAGCCUCAAGACAUUUUGCUAAAGCCACUAUUGUUUGAAGUGCCAAGCAUAACAAUGGACUCUGUGUUUGUCGGAAGAGACUGGUUGUUUCAAGUUAUAGAGGAAAAGCUGAAGAAUACAGAGCAGGCAGAGACCAGGGGAGCUGCCAUCAUUGGAAAUGUGGGAUUUGGGAAGACUGCUAUUAUCUCAAAACUUGUGGCACUUAGCUGCCAUGGAAGUCGCAUGAGGCAAAUUGCUUCCACCAGCCCAAGUUCUUCUCCUAAAAGCAGUGACCCCUGUCAAGAGAUUCCUCUCAGCCAGUUGUCCCCCUCUAUUGUUACCUCAGGUGGCAUCAGUACAAUCAAAACCUUGAACUGCCCCUCUGCUCACGAACAUCAAAACCAAACAAGUGAUUCAGUUAGACGGCUUGCUUCAAAGGUUGUUGCCUACCACUACUGCCAAGCUGACAAUACAUAUACAUGUCUUGUCCCAGAAUUUGUGCAUAGCAUUGCAGCUUUACUAUGUCGGUCACAUCAGCUAACAGCAUAUAGAGACCUUCUGAUAAGGGAACCACACCUCCAAAGCAUGCUUAGCCUUAGGUCCUGUGUUCAAGAUCCAGUAGCUGCAUUCAGAAGAGGAGUGCUAGAACCACUUGCUAACCUUAGGAAAGAACAGAAAAUUCCACAAGAGGAAUGCAUCAUUUUGAUAGAUGGCUUAAAUGAGGCUGAAUUUCACAAACCUGAUUAUGGGGAUACAGUUUCUUCAUUCAUUGCAAAUAUUAUUUCUAAAUUUCCUCCCUGGUUAAAACUGAUUGUGACUGUACGAACAAACUUUCAGGAGUUAACCUGCUCACAACCUUUCUUCAUGAUCUCCCUAGAUGAUUUCCCUGACAACAAAGAAAUACAAGCUGAUCUGAAUGCCUAUAUUCAGUACAGGAUCAAUGCGAGCCAGGAUAUUGUAAACAACAUAUCUCUGAAUGGAAAAGCGGAUGCCGCUAUCAUUGGGAAAGUGAGCAACCACUUGAUCAUGAGGAGCAUGGGAUCUUAUCUCUACUUGAAACUGACCCUAGAUCUCUUUCAGAAGGGACACCUAGUAAUCAAAAGUGCCAGCUACAAGGUAGUCCCAGUCUCCCUCUCAGAGCUUUAUUUGCUUCAGUGUAACAUGAAAUUCAUGACUAAUUCAUCGUUUGAAAGAGCCCUGCCGGUGCUCAACGUGGCUUUAGCAUCCCUUCAUCCAUUGACAGAUGACCAGAUUUUCCAAGCUAUUAAUGCUGGCCAGAUACACGGCGAACAGGAGUGGGAAGAAUUCCAUCAGAGGAUGGAGGCCCUUUCAGGGUUUCUGAUAAAAAGGCGUGACAAAACGCGGAUGUUUUGCCAUCCUUCUUUCCGGGAAUGGCUUGUUUGGAGAGCAGACGGUGAAAAUACUGACUUCCUGUGUGAACCAAGGAAUGGGCAUGCUCUCCUGGCAUUCAUGUUCUCUCGGCAGGAAGGAAAGCUUAACCGUCAGCAAACAAUGGAACUUGGGCAUCACAUUCUAAAAGCUCAUAUUUUCAAGGGACUCAGUAAGAAGACUGGGAUUUCUUCCAGUCAUCUUCAAGCCUUGUGGAUUGGCUACAGCACUGAUGGCUUGUCAGCAGCCCUUGCAUCUUUACGAAAUCUCUACACUCCUAAUGUAAAGGUGAGUCGUCUGCUGAUUUUGGGUGGUGCAAAUGUGAAUUACAGGACAGAAGUUCUUAACAACGCUCCAAUACUAUGUGUCCAAUCUCACCUCGGCCAUGAAGAAGUGGUCCUCCUCCUGCUAGAAUUUGGUGCUUCAAUGGAUGGCUUUUUAUUAGGAAAUACUUUGGUUCAUAGCGCUUUAAGAGGCCAUUCCGAUAUUCUUGAAUAUUUGCUGAACUUGGAUUGGACAGCCUCUUCCCAUUCGCAGAGUUCACUGACAAAACGUCAGGCACUUCAACAGGCGCUGACGGCAUCUUCGAGCAUGGGGCAUUGUCAGGUGGUUCAUUUUCUGAUAAGAAUGGAAAAAGAGCCUAAAAUAGACAUCAAUGAAACAGAUACCCUGUGGGGAGAAACUGCUUUGACAGCUGCUGCUGGGAGAGGAAAACUGGAAACGUGCGAACUGCUGCUCGAACAUGGUGCUCUUGUAACGAGAAAUAAUAGGAGAGGGAUCCCUCCACUCUUCUGUGCUGUGCGCCAAGGACACUGGCAGAUUGCAAAACUUCUACUGGAACAUGGGGCUGAUGUAAAUCUCAGUGACAAACAAGGCCGGACGCCACUGAUGGUGGCUUCUUGUGAAGGACAUCUGAGCACAGUAGAGUUUCUGAUCUCCAAAGGUGCAGACAUUUCAUUGCUCGAUAAAGAGGGCCUGACGGCACUGAGCUGGGCCUGCCUCAAAGGACACAACAGUGUGGUUCAAUGUUUGGUUGAAAAAAAUGCCACAAUAGACCAGACGGACAAGAAUGGAAGAACACCCUUGGAUCUAGCGGCUUUCUACGGAGACUCAGAUAUUGUGCAGUAUUUAGUAGACAAAGGAGCAGUGAUUGAACACGUUGACAAUAGUGGGAUGCGCCCCUUGGACAGAGCAAUUGGAUGUCGGAAUACAUCAGUUGUGGUUACGCUGCUUCGAAAAGGAGCCAAAUUAGGAAAUGCAGCCUGGGCUAUGGCCACUUCGAAACCUGAUAUUCUGAUAAUCCUCCUGCAAAAGCUUGUUGAAGAAGGAAACAUAAUGUACAAAAAAGGGAAGAUGAAAGAGGCGGCACAGCGGUACCAGUAUGCCUUAAGGAAGUUUCCUCGGGAGAGUUUUGGAGAAGAAAUUAAAGCAUUCAAUGAGCUCAGAGUUUCUCUAUACCUAAACUUGUCACGAUGCCGAAGAAAAACAAAUGAUUUUGGCAUGGCAGAUGAGUUUGCUACUAAGGCACUUGAACUCAAACCCACAUCCUACGAAGCCUACUAUGCCAGAGCAAGAGCCAAGAGGAACAGCAGGCAAUUCCAUGCAGCCCUCAGUGACCUGCGUGAAGCCAUAAAGUUGUGCCCUGGUAACCAAGAAAUAAAGAGACUGCUCGCUCGAGUUGAAGAGGAGUGCAAACAACUCCAGAGGACACAGCAACAAAAACAGCAGUGUCCUCUGCCAACCCAGCAGAGUAACGACUCUGACAAUGAGGGGGAAGCUCUUGUGCAGGACCCCUUCAGCUUGGAAGAGAUAGAAGAGGAGGAAUUUUUGCAUGAGGAGGCUCCUGGCCCAUCUACACAGAGGCUGCCACUUUCCCAAGCUGCUUCCUCUUGCAACAGAAACCCCCCAGAAGGGAGUCCCCAGAAAUUUAGGCCUAUUUCCCCCCCAAAUAGAGCAGGCAGUAAAUAUCUGCGAGAGCCUGGCUUGACAAUGCAGCCCACCAAACAAGCCCAGAUAGUGAAAACUAAUCAGCAUCUGAAUUCCAUCCAGUCUGGGGCAAGAGCUGGAAGGGGUCAGCCUGCCACAAGGACUCAGCCCCUUCAGUAUCUUCCUCCAAGCCCUGUGCCCUCCAGGCACCUCACAAAUCUAAGCAACAAUAAAAGCCAGCAUCUGGAUGGCACAACCACACUUUCUGCAAGCAUGACUGCAGGAAGUAGCUCUGCAGUAUUCAGUGAAAGACUAACAGCCGGACAGUUUCCGUACUUGCAGCAUAGUGACAAAGGAUCUUCUCACAUUUUCUUAACCAAAUCCAAAACUCACGAGAGACUAGCCGUCCAUGCUCCUCCAAACAUGGAGAAAACAGGUCAGUUUCCAUCUCCAGGAAUUAGUGAGGUAAGGCAGCAAAGCUCUGUGAGCUCUAGUCCCGUUUCUGCCAACAUGGUAGUUUCCAGCUCAACAAGCAGCUUAUCUUCAAGCAGCAGCUUUUCUGAGAGUCUGAAAGGGCAAGGUCCUGAUGUCCGAAUGAAGGAGAGCAAAGCUAACCAAGGUCAGAGUGGAACAGCAGAACACAGGCCUCGAAAUACUCCCUUCAUGGGAAUCAUGGAUAAGACUGCACGGUUCCAACAGCAGAUGAACCCAUCAAAUCGCAGUUGGCAUGGCCAGACUGCAGAGGGAUUCCUGAAAGGUGUUGUGACAACUGGAGGAACUCCAUCUUCAAGUUGCGAGCAGUUCCCUGCCAAGCAGUUAGGCAGCUAUGGAAAUCAAACAUUCUCCUCUUCUUCCAUUUUGACAUCAGGGGAGAGUAUCCAGAAUGGGAUGCAGUCUAAAGAACUUGAGGAACUCAAGUGCCAAGCAUCUGCCUCCUCACAAGACAGCAGGAUAGCUAAGCCCGUGGCUCAUUUGUACCAGGAAGUUCUCGCUAAACAGCACUCUCAGCUUAAUAAAGACAUUCAUCCAAGUCAUGUCACUUCUACAAAGCCAAAGCGAUCUUUUGUAGAAUCUAAUGUGUGAAUAGUUCUACCUGUUUUAUCACAAACCAUGUCUCUCUUUGGUUGUAAAACUUAGCACAUAGUGGCAUAUAACUAAAAUUAAUAGCUGGUAUUUUACAGGGUGUAUGACGAACUUUGAUCAUCCAGCCACCUCUUGAACAUUAAAACAGGCUGUCCAGUCAGCAAAAUAUGGGCUACCACCACUUAGUUUAUUAACGCAGUGGAGGUGGAAUUCCAUCACUGAUGUCAAAUUUAAGAGAGGAUUUAAACCUGCUUGCCUGAUUAACUAUAUUAGUAAAAGUACCAAGCUAAGUCCUUUGUUUCGUACAGCCAUGUAUAUAUCCUGUUAAAAAAUGUUUUAACUCCUGCAAGGUGGUGGGAUCCGUAGCACACCCAGAUCUGUCCAUGACUGUUUUCCUGUCAGGAAGAUUAAGCAUUACUCUUCCAGCUUAAUUAAAAUACAAGUGUAAUUUCAGGAAACUUUCUGUCACUUCUGUGGAAGUCAUUCAGCAGCCAUAUUUUAUUUGAUUGUGUGAAUAAUUUUGACUUUAGUUACUGUAAGGCAGCAAAGAAAUUACAAAUGGGGGGGGUUGCAUGCAUUGUGUUCAACAUCCUGGUUAUUGCACUGAGUAAUAUAUGACAUGUUAACAACAUAUAACAGCACUUUACAUAGUUUAUCUAAACACCCUUUGAGGUGCUAUGUAAGUAACAAGAUGGAGAAUAAGGAAGAGGACUGCAAGUUUUUGCUAUGUUUUUAUAGAUCUCUGAAUGAACAUUGGUGGGAGGAAUAUGUGGACUUACUUUUAUAGGAAGGGGCACCUGAUACUGUCCCCUCAGUGCUUCAGUGGGAAACUUCUUAGUUGCGAGGCUGUUUCCAAGAUGACUAGUUUGUAAGGACAUUCCUGUAAGUAACAAAGGGCAACAGAAUACUCCACCUUGUACAAGCUCAACCUUUAACAAAUUACUCCCUUGUGUACAGUAUGUAUGUACAUUGUAAUGGCAUUCUCCGCACGAUUUUUAAAAAUUCCAUAAAGAAUUUGCAAUUUCUAAAUGAAUUGUUA